CCCAAGGGCGUCUGUCCUCCCCGGCCUGGGAAAGGGCCAGCGAGCCACCAACGUCUGGUGAGGGGCGGAGGUCAAAAGGAUUCUCAUGGGAGUGAAACCAGCUAGGAGGCCAGACUCUGACUCCAAAAGGCGACGCGGCCAAACUACUGGCGGGAGAACCAAACUCCCGCCACCCAGCAGCAUGGGGGUAGGGGGCGAAGGGCGCUGUUACCCGAAGGAACUUCAUGGCCACCAGGCGGAACCCCUUUUGCUCGAAUCGCUUGAUGAUCUCACCAACCAGGCCACGCUGCACGCCAUCUGGCUUGAUGGCAAUGAAGGUACGCUCGAGGUUGGCCAUGGUCCUGCGGAGGCAAGAAGUGUAGUCGAUGAGGCCCGGCCGUCCCAAGCCGGCCAAGGAAGCCACGUGGGUUCCUGCCACCGCCGCCGCAGCGCAGGACACGUGGCUUUCCAGAUACUUCUGCCCCGCCCGGGAGGCCCAGAAAGAGGACAGCGGGAGCCUGAGGUGGGCUGAUGUCGGGGCGGGGAGUGCAUCUUAGCCUUACCGAAAGCCGGUGGGUCGGCUGGCGUCCGCGAUGGGCGACGGAAGCAGAGAGACUAGAACGACCACCAGCCGGCGCGGAGAGAGGAGGGACACGGGGCGGGACGAGAGACGCCACACCCCGGAGGACCCCGCUGCCCAACCCGGGACGCUCAGCCUGCCUGGUCUUGCCAGUCGUCUCUGUCCCCGCCCAAAGGCUCGCGGUGCACGCCCUCUCCUUGCAGGGCUGCGGAGGACUGCGGGGCAGGAAGUGAUUUGUUCCCCACCCAAGUCCGCCAGCUCUUCGCUCAGCCUCGGAGAACUGGUCCUGAAUUCUUUAUUCCAGGAGACUUCUGCAUUCGCCCUUCCCUGCGACAUCCGCGCCCAGCUGGACUCUCCAUGCUCUGGGACACCCCGAGUUUUUCCUAUCUCCGAAAUCCAGCCCUCUGUUCUUUGCUCUCUGCUUGAGUUUAGUCUUCCUCAUCCAAAAUGACAACUUCCCUAGGAACCAAGUCUGUCUUCAGCCCCCUCCUCAGAAGGCAAUCUGUUCCUGUCUCAGAUUGACUUUCAAAUUCCUAAAAUUACCCGUGCCUUUUGACACUUAGAGCCAGCUCCCUGCUCUGUCUCCUCGCCUACCUUUCCAGCGUCUAGAGGCUCUGAUGCCACCCGGAGUCUGGGAUUCCUGCCCACAGAGCACUACCGAGUGUCAGGCUACCCACUUCAACCUGAGACUCCCCUGGCAAGAUUCUAGAUUUUGUAGAAGUUCACGGCCUGCCUAGACUUCAGAGGAAAUCCAAGACCCGCCUGGUGAAUUUGAUACAUGAGAUUAUCUCCUAAUAAGAAGCAAAGCCAGGUGUGAGAGAUGACACGUGCCUGUAAUGCUAGCCUUUGGGAGGUGGGGGCAGGAGGAUCAGGAAAGGACAGCCACUGCUACCCAGUUCAAAGUCAGCCUGGCCUGUCUCAAAAUACACAAAAUGGGGUGCUGGAGAGCUGGCUUUGUGGUUAAGAGCACUUGCUGCUCUUCCAGGGGCCAGAGUUCAAGUCCCAGUACCCACACACUUCAGGUGGCUCACAACUGUAACUCUAGUUCCACAGAAUCUGAUGCCUCUCAUCUCCAGGGACAUGCCCUUACGUGCACAUACCCACAUGCAUCAACACACAGCUACACAUAAUAUGAUAAAAAUAAGUUUUUAAGGAAUAUAUACAAAGAGAGGGGCUGGAGUGGGUAAAGUGGUACAUCCUUAGCUACACUAGAAUUAAAGACCAGCCUCGACUACAUGAGGGUAGGGAGCACUGAAUAUUUAGCUCUGUGGUAGGUCCACUUGUGUAGCAUGCACACGGCCUUGGUCCAACCUCCAGUAAUCCAGAUGCUGUAGUCUCAGAAGCCAAGCCUGUUAACUUGCAGUCUUUACCUCCUGUCUUCUUGGCAAGCCACCAGUACCCUAAAGGUCCCCCAGUACCCACAUCUGUUUCAUUUCCAUGUCCAGACACCCCCCCCAAAAAAAAUUGCAGUGUGUUGAGCACUCUGUGAACCAGCUGCUGCUUCUCCCAGCAGGCUUGGAGUCUGGGCCGGGGCCCUGAACAUCCCAGUAAAGAGGUUUAGGGCAUUGCCCAAAGCACUCAGCCUAACUAGCCCAGAUGAGUCAAAAUGCCUGAAUCCUCCUCCAGCUCCAUUCCAUCAGCCCUCGCUAAAGACCUGCGCGGACAGAACAGCUCUCUGCUCUGGCCAUUAGGAUAAGCAAUUAAACUCUGAA